GAGACCCAGACACUGUGAUACUUUAGCAUUGCUUCGUUGUAACCUGCUGUCAGAAAAAGAGCAUCUGCAGAUACUCAUUUCUUAUUGUAAAAGAGGCUCUGGCAGACCUUCAGAAUGUACCUCUUCAUUUUCACGUUUGCGAUAUAUGGGACAUUUUCAUGGAACAUGCUUCAAGUGAAAUCUGACCUCCAUUUAGUGGGAAACCUUUCAGUUGAUUAACUUCGAGAAAAUCAGCUCAGCAAAUGCUUGGAUAGACUCUUAGUGGUUUUAAACUAUAUGAUUUGUAGAAAUAUGGUAAUUGUAGAAAUAUGAGACUUGGUCAGUGAACUCCAUGACAUAAUCAUCAGGUCCACACAAGACUUUAAAUCUUCCCACUUGAUCCUGGAGGGCCCAAACCUUAUCAAAGUCAUAAUCAUGAUAAUGUCACAGGGUACCUAUAAGUUUUUGGCAUGCUUUGCUGGUUUCUGGCUGAUCUGGGCUCUCUUUGUCAUGCUUUGCUGCUUUUGCAGCUUUGCCCAGCGCAAGUUGAAGCACCAGCAUCAAGAGAGGCUGAGGGAACAGUGCCUUCGAGCACUGGAGAUGGAGCCUCUGGAGUGCACUGGAAUUGGUUAUCUUCCCAGGGAGCCUCCUCAGUUCUGCCCACCAAUUCAAAUGAUGUCUCCACAGCUGCCUGUAACACACACUCUCCCUCAAGCAAACUGGACUGUCCCAGAAGACACAGAUGUCUUUGGAAAACCUCCUUGCUACGAAGAGGCUGUAUUGAUGGAGGAUCCACCACCCCCUUACAGUGAGGUUCUGGCUGACCCCAGAGAUGGAACUAACACCAAACCUGCAUCCAGGCCCUCUAGGGAGCAUCAGGAGUCUGAGACCAGCAAGAUGGCCCCUGUGACCAUGUUUCCUGAACGUGACUACUCCUCCCUAAUAUGCCUACCUUCGGCCAGGCGCUGGGACUCACUGGAGCACCUCCUGUCCACCAUGGACCUUAACCACAACAACCUGCCAGUUGAGCCUCAGGCCUCUGCCAUCUCCACCAUGCCUAGUAAAGGCCGGACUCACACAGACAUUGGCUUGCGGGGACUCCACUAUGAUCAACACUAUGGUUUGCCCACAGCCUUUCCCCUUUUGGGUCGAAGUACAGCAGUACAAGUCCGCAAAAAUAGACCUACAGAACACUUUCUGAGAUAAACACUCACAAUGGAAAAGAACUAAAGAACUAGUUAAUUAUAGACCAAUCUCGAAUCUCCCUUUUCUGUCCAAAAUACUAGAAAAGGUGGUAUGCUCACAAUUAUAUUCCUUCUUAGAGAAAAAUGGUAUAUGUGAGGAUUUCCAGUCAGGAUUUAGACCGUAUCAUAGUACUGAGACUGCUCUCCUUAGAGUUACAAAUGAUCUGCUCUUAUCAUCUGAUCGUGGGUGUAUCUCUCUAUUAAUUUUAUUGGAUCUUAGUGCUGCGUUUGACACAAUUGACCACAGCAUUCUUUUGCAUAGACUUGAACACUUUGUUGGCAUCAGUGGAAGUGCAUUAGCAUGGUUUAAAUCGUACUUUUAUGACCGCCAUCAGUUCGUAGCAGUGAAUCAAGAUGUAUCAUAUCGAUCACAAGUGCAGUAUGGAGUACCUCAAGGCUCAGUAAUAGGGCCGCUACUCUUCACGCUUUAUAUGUUACCCUUGGGAGAUAUCAUCAGGAAACAUGGUGUUAGCUUUCACUGUUAUGCUGAUGAUACUCAGCUCUAUAUUUCUUCGCGGCCAGGUGAAACACACCAAUUUUAAAAACUAAUGGAAUGCAUAGUCGAUAUAAAAAAAUGGAUGACGAGUAAUUUCUUACUGCUAAAUUCAGAAAAAACAGAGGUGUUAAUUAUAGGACCUAAAAACUCUGCUUGUAAUAACCUAGAACACUGUCUAAGACUUGAUGGUUGCUCUGUCAAUUCUUCGUCAUCAGUUAGGAACCUAGGUGUGCUAUUUGAUCGCAAUCUUUCCUUAGAAAGCCAUGUUUCUAGCAUUUGUAAAACUGCAUUUUUCCAUCUCAAAAAUAUAUCUAAAUUACGGCCUAUGCUCUCAAUGUCAAAUGCAGAAAUGUUAAUCCAUGCAUUUAUGACUUCAAGGUUAGAUUAUUGUAAUGCUUUAUUGGGUGAUUGUUCUGCACGCUUAGUAAACAAACUACAGCUAGUCCAAAAUACAGCAGCAAGAGUUCUUACUAGAACCAGGAAUUAUGACCAUAUUAGCCCGUUCCUGUCAUCUCUGCACUGGCCCCCUAUCAAACAUCGUAUAGAUUUUAAAAUAUUGCUUAUUACUUAUAAAGCCCUGAAUGGUUUAGCACCUCAGUAUUUGAAUGAGCUCCUUUUACAUUAUACUCCUCUACGUCCGCUACGUUCUCAAAACUCAGGCAAUUUGAUAAUACCUAUAAUAAAAAUCAACUGCGGGCGGCAGAUCCUUUUCCUAUUUGGCGCCUAAACUCUGGAAUAACCUACCUAACAUUGUUCGGGAGGCAGACACACUCUUGCAGUUUAAAUUUAGAUUAAAGACCCGUCUCUUUAACCUGGCUUACACAUAACAUACUAAUAUGCUUUUAAUAUCCAAAUCCGUUAAAGGAUUUUUAGGCUGCAUUAAUUAGGUAAACCGGAACCGGAAACACUUCACAUAACACCCUAUGUACUUGCUACAUCAUUAGAAGAACGGCAUCUACGCUAAUAUUUGUCGGUUUCUCUCUUGUUCCGAGGUCACCGUGGCCACCAGAUCUAGUCUGUAUCCAGAUCCGAGGGUCACUGCAGUCACCCGGAUCCAGUACGUAUCCAGACAUGAUGGUGGAUCAGCACCUAGAAAGGACCUCUACUGCCCUGAAAGACAGCGGAGUCCAGGACAACUAGAGCCCCAGAUACAGAUCCCCUGUAAAGACCUCGUCUCAGAGGACCACCAGGACAAGACCACAGGAAACAGAUGAUUCUUCUGCACAAUCUGACUUUGCUGCAGCCUGGAAUUGAACUACUGGUUUAGUCUGGUCAGAGGAGAACUGUCCCCCCAACUGAGCCUGGUUUCCCCAAGGUUUUUUUCUCCAUUCUGUCACCAAUGGAGUUUCGGUUCCUUGCCGCCGUCGCCUCUGACUUGCUUAGUUGGGGUCACUUCAUCUACAGCGAUAUCAUUAACUUGAUUGCAAAUAAAUGCACAGACACUAUUUAAACUGAACAGAUAUGACAUAACUGAAUUCAAUGAUGAACUGCCUUUAACUAUCAUUUUGCAUUAUUGAGACACUGUUUUCCAAAUUGAAUAUAUAUAUACAUUAUUAUUUUAAUUUUUUUGCACAGAACAAAAUAUUGAAUUGAGACAAUCAAUUAAAUUUACUGCACCUAACUCUCAUUUCAAAAACACUGCCCCCAAAAUACUUGCACUGUAAAAUGAAUCUAUAGGAAACGGUUGAUUGUCUGGGGUGAGUACAGUUGUUUAAAAUAAUUGUAUCUGCUUUUACCCUUUAUGUUUUUAUAUUUUCAGUUAUAUCACAACAGAAGCUAAAGACAGAGAUGUAAACUGUUUUCUCUCUGCCAGCAAUGUUUUGCUAAGUGACCAUAGAAAAACUAUGUGAAUCUUUUUGCACAGAUGAAAUGAGCAGUACCAUCACUGAUAUGAUAAGUGGAUUGUGAUAUGCAAAUUAGCAUAUACAAGACAUAUUAUGUAUCAGAUGUUCCCCGUUUGUGAUCUAUCAAUCAAAGGGGGUUUUGUGCAUACAUUUCUUUCGAUCUGGUAAGAUUCUUAAUUUAAACUAAAUUUUAUUCCCAUUUGACACCGAAUUUAGACUCCAAAUUCUCCAGAGCACAUUUUCUUUCUCUGUGAACAUGAACUUUGAAUGGCAAACCGUGAAUGAGUUUCAUGCAGGGAUCAUGUAGCAUGCAACGUGUGUGCUUGUGUACACAGGCUUUACUAAUUCAUAGCUGCUAUAUAUUUUCAUGCUCAUAUGAAAGUUUUGAGGAUUUUUGGUUUGUUUUCUAAAAAUAUUCACAAUAUACAAA